AUGUGCUACCUUCUGUCCAACGCGACGGCCAACGAGUCCCUGCAGCUGUGCCCGGACUUCCGCGACACCCACCACGUGCACAUGGUGGUGUACAGCGUGGUGCUGGCCGCGGGGCUGCCGCUCAACGCGCUGGCGCUGUGGGUGUUCCUGCGCGCGCUGCGCGUGCGCUCCGUGGUAAGCGUGUACAUGUGCAACCUGGCGGCCAGCGACCUGCUCUUCACGCUGUCGCUGCCGCUGCGCCUGUCCUACUACGCGCGCCACCACUGGCCCUUCCCGGCCUUCCUGUGCCAGGCGGCGGGCGCCGUCUUCCAGAUGAACAUGUACGGCAGCUGCAUCUUCCUGGCGCUCAUCAACGUGGACCGCUACGUGGCCAUCGUGCACCCGCUGCGGCUGCGCCACCUGCGGCGGCCGCACGUGGCGCGGCUGCUGUGCCUGGGCGUGUGGGCGCUCAUCCUGGUCUCGGCCGUGCCCACCAUGCUGGUGCACCGGCCCACGUCGUGCCGCACGCGCGAGGGCCGCGCCGCGUGCCUGUGCUUCGAGCACUUCAGCGACGAGCUGUGGCGGGGCCAGCUGCUGCCGCUCGUGCUGCUGGCCGAGGCGCUGGGCUUCGCGCUGCCCCUGGCCGCCGUGCUCUACGCGUCGGGCCGCGUCUUCUGCACCCUGGCGCGCCCCGACGCCACGCGCAGCCAGCGGCGCCGCAAGACCGUGCGGCUGCUGCUGGCCAACCUGGUCAUCUUCCUGCUGUGCUUCGUGCCCUACAAUGCCACGCUGGCGCUCUACGGGCUGCUGCGCGGACACUUCGUGCCGGUCGCCUUGCAGGAGAAGCGCGGGGAGGUGCGCAGGGCGCUCAUGGUCAUGGUGCUCCUCGCCGGCUCCAACUGCGUGCUCGACCCGCUGGUCUAUUACUUCAGCGCUGAGGGUUUCCGCAACACGCUGCGCCACCUGGGCUCCCCGCUGCAAGCCGGGACCUGGCUUGGCAAAGGCCCCCGGACUUCAGACACCGUGGAAGUGACCCAGCCGUCAGCCACCAGCCAGCGGCUACUCCAGUGCGUCUCCAAGCUCAAGCUGUCCGACACCCAGAACAUCAAGGACUCCGUCCUCUGA